CAAGCGACACUAAUCCGUCGACCCAUUACAACUUUUGAUAUCAGUCAGUUACCAUUGUAAACUGACCCUAAGAACAAGACACUUGACAUAAAUAAGCGAAAAACAUAAAUAUCUUAAAUAACCACACUCAUUGCUAAACACUCAUUGCUAAAUACUCAUUGCUAAACACCAGAAAAUGGACAACGAAGCGUAUUGGAAGAGCUACGGAAGCUACACUAACACUGCCUUUGUGGGCUUAAAAUCAAUUUUGGACAUUCAGAAAUCGGUAUUAGAGAGCCCGUGUCUUUACAAGAAUUACGGAAACUGGAAUGACCUUUGCUGCUUCAAUUGCCAAGAGUCAGCGGAUAGCUAUCCUGCUGUGCAAGUAAAAAAUGGGUACAAAAGUUAUAAAUCCGGUGGAAAAUUGCGUCCAAUUCUAUUCGACAUGAACAUGAAUGUGAAAAAGGGUUCCAUUUACACCCUCUUGGGGUCUAGCGGCUGCGGAAAGACGACCCUGUUAGAAAUGAUUGUAGGUCUUCAACAUUUAGACUCUGGCGAAGUUUUGAUAUCCGGAAAGAAACACGGUGAAAAAAAUGCAAGAGUGCCUGGCAGGGGCAUCGGCUAUAUGCCUCAAGAUAUCUCAUUGUACGGGGAGUUUUCAAUAUUUGAAACUAUUACAUAUUUUGGAAAACUGAACGGCAUGACGAAGUCCAACGUAGAAAAAAGUCGCAAUUUCCUAAUGGAACUGUUGAGUCUUCCUGACCAAGAUAGACGAGUCAAGACCUUGAGUGGUGGGCAAGCCAGGAGGGUGUCGAUGGCUGUGUGCUUGGUCCACGGACCACCCCUACUUAUUUUAGACGAGCCCACGGUUGGACUAGACCCUUUGUUGAGGGAAUCGAUUUGGAAGCAUUUAAAGGGCCUGGCAGAAAAUAAAGGGACAACCAUAAUAGUUACAACUCAUUAUAUCGAAGAAUCCGUUCACUCAAACACUGUGGGGUUUAUGCGUGGAGGAAGGCUCAUUAUAGAAAAUUCGCCAUCUGAACUCUAUGCCGAAUAUGGACUUAAUUCUAUGGAAGAUAUCGUUUUGAAAUUGUGUCACGAAGACGAGAAAAAUGCAGAAACCUCUUCGGGAAGAUCACGUUCUAAAUCAUCAGGGAACAUUAUAAACGUAGAAAUUUCGAAAGACAUCGACAAAGUGCUGCGUGAGAAGAAAACUUGUCAAAAGGAAAUAAAGGAAUUCUUUUGCUUUGACCCCGAUGCAGUAAAAAAUUCACUGACCAGAAUAAAAUCACUUGCUCGCAAAAACUUUUAUGUGAUGAUGCGCAACCUGAUUUUACUGGCUUUCAUCAUUAUCAUGCCUGCGGUCCAAAUUGUCCUUAUGGGGAUGUCAAUGGGAGACCUCCCAAAACAGAUGCGAUUGGGUGUGGUUACCAACGAGUCCUGCGAUUAUCUACUAAACUCUAAUUCAGUCGUUCCACUUGACGAGGAGGAGGAAUGCCAAAUUGCUAAUUUGAGUUGCAGAUUUCUAUCAACCCUUCCAGACAUUGUAGAAUUGAGCUUUUAUUCAUCUGCGGAAGAAGCAAAAGAUCAGAUCAGAUCAGGACUUAUUCGUGGUUUUAUGCAGUUCCCAGAGAAUUAUUCGGAUUAUAUAUAUGAACGUUCUAGUAGUGGAAUCAUGCUUGACAACAGUACUAUUUCGGGCUCAACGAUAUCCUUUAAAAUGGAUGCAUCGAACGCUGUGAUGACAAAAUCUCUGCAAAGGGUAUUGUAUGAAACGUAUUCAAAGUUCGUGAAAACUUUGUUAUCAAAUUGUGGGAUGAAUCCUGAACUUGGAAAUAUUCCAAUCAAGUUCGAAGAUCCGAUUUAUGGGAAUUUGGACAUGGAGCUUCAGCAGUUUGUGGCUGCAGGAAUGGUUGUCGGGGUAGCCCUAUUUUUUCCUCUUGCCAGUAGUACCAUAACUUAUCUGAGUGAUAAAAAACAGGGGACCAUGACUCGUGCACGUGUGGCAGGAACGCACCCUUGGGAGAUCCUCAUAUCGUACUUUCUUACGGAGGGAGCAGUUUUAGUCUUGCAGACAGUCCUCUGCCUUUUCAUAUUUUUGUCCGUCUUUAGUGUCCAAAUUGUGGGAUCGAUUUAUCUCGCCUUUGCCCUCGUUGUCUUCAAUGGCUUUGCUGGGAUAUCAUUAGGCUUAUUGCUGGCUUCCAUUUGUGGAAAAGAGAUUGAAGCAAUUCUUCUAGCAAUGGCAAUCAUGAUGCCAAACUUUUUUCUGGCUGGUUCAAUGUGGCCCAUCGAAUCCAUGCCUGUAUUUCUCCAAAAACUGUCUUACUUUCUCCCAGCAACUUUAGGCAAUGAAGCAUUUAGAUCAAUUAUAUUUCGUGGCUGGAGUUUCUCACACUUUUCUGUGUGGACUGGCUUCCUGUCCACGAUUGGGUGGAUAUGUUUUUAUUGGAUUAUCAAUAUUUAUGUUCAAAAGUUCUCUUCAAAGAAAUAGAUUGUAAAUCCUAUACUUUCACCAAAUAGAUAUUACGUAUGUAUAUGCCAAUAAUGUGUAUUUUUUUGUACAGUAGUUAGCGUUGUCUAAAUAUAUGCAUACUUAUAUUUACUUACAUAUAUUUAUAAACUUGACUGUACUAAUUUU